UUGCUAUGCUUAGUAAAUGCAAACAAGCUGCCAGUUUUGUUCACAAAAAGAAGUCACUAAUUUUAAAAAUCUUUUAAAAAAUUGAUAAAAAUCCGUAUGCAAAUCAAUGGCAUCUCAGGAAGUCAUCAAUUUAGAACCAGCAGCAAUCAUCGGCUUUGAUGGCCACGUUAUUGCAGGUCUACGAAUUCAUCCGGAUGGGAAACAUUUGGUAUUUCCGCUCGGCAACGAAAUAUCCGUGUACGAGUUGGAGUCCAACCGGCAGAGCUUCCUGCGGGGACACACAAACACAAUAUCGACGGUUGACAUUUCACCAAAUGGGAAGAUGGUCGCCUCAGGCCAGACAAACCAUAUGGGGUUUCGAGCGUAUGUUAUAAUUUGGGAUUGGCAAAGCCGAAAGGAGAUUUCCCGCUACGAACUGCAUCGAGUUAAGGUACAAUCAUUGUGUUUCUCAUGCAAUGAACAGUAUCUGCUCAGUUUGGGUGGUAAGGACUGUGGGUCGAUAAUUGUGUGGGAUAUCGAGCAGAAUAUGGCGAUUUGUGGUACUAUUGCAACUAAAGAAACGACCGGUGAUGCAACGAAGGUUUGCGCACUGAAUAAACGCUGGACAACUUUUGUUUCAGGGGGAGAUCAGAACCUGCGUGUAUGGCACGUUGAUCGAGACAGAAAACGAUUAAACGUUCAGGAUGUGGCUGUCGGAAAACUGCGUCGAGAAUUUACAGGUAUGCGUAUAACUGAGGACGAUAACAUUCUGUAUGUGGGAACAAUGAGUGGAGAUGUUGUCAAAAUUGGACUUAAUGUAAGCACUAAUCCGAGUGCACCUGCACAGGAAAAAGUGCCAGUACUUUUAGGGUGUUUCGGAAAACACAACCCGAGAAAACCGCUCGGAAAAGAUUGCGAAAAGUAUCACUACGGAGUACGGGAUCUGUUGAUAUUACCCGACGGAAAAUUGAUUAUAGGUGCCGGUGACGGAACUAUAGAUAUGGUACAGGAGAGGAAUGUGAGCUUUAAAAACUAUAACAGCCCUACCUGGCCGCAGUUUAAAUCGAUUCAAUCGACCAAAGUUGGAGGCGUUAUAACUUCUCUCCAAAUAGUUAAGCAGUGCACACUGCUGAUCGGUACGGAUGGUUGUGAAAUUUACUCCCUGGAGCUUCAUUGUUUCGGUUCUAGCUUGAGACUGUUGAAAACAUGCCACACCAACGCCGUCUACGACAUUGCAUUUCCAUACAACUUUUCAUUGGUAUUCGCUACCUCGAGUCACGAAUCGAUCCGCAUUUGGUCCACGUCACGAAUGCAGGAACUGCUACGCAUCGUGGUUCCGAAUUUUGCUUCCUCCUCGAUCGUGUUCAGCCGCGAUGGUAAGAGUAUCAUUUCAGCCUGGAACGAUGGAGUAAUCCGGGCAUUCACUCCGCUGACGGGCAAGCUGAUUUAUGCCAUACCAAACGCUCAUAACAAGGGCUGCUCGUCGGUCGCUGUGACGAGCAACGGUAAAAUGUUGGUCAGCGGAGGUAUCGAAGGACAAGUACGCGUCUGGAAAAUUGAACCAUAUGUCCAGAGCAUGAUUGGUGUUCUGAAGGAGCACUACGGACCUAUCGAAUCCGUUCACAUUAACAGCUUCGAUACCGAAGUGGUUUCUGCUUCGCGCGACGGAUCGUGCGUGAUUUGGGAUUUGAUUCGAUUGACACGCAAACAUGUUAUCUUCGCUCACACCCAAUUUAUCGCGGCACAAUACUAUCCAACUGGCGUUCAGAUAUUGACUGCCGGCUCGGACAAACUUAUUGGCUAUUGGGAAUCAUUCGACGGCAGUCUAGUACGAGAGGUGGAAGGAUCGAAGUCCGGACCGAUCAACGCUAUUGACAUGAACAUGACUGGAGAAUUUUUUGUAUCGGCCGGAACGGACCAAAUUGUGCGGUUGUGGAACUAUCAACUCGGCAUGGAAGUAGCGGUUGGGAUUGGUCACGCUAGUGCGAUUACAUCCGCACGGUAUAGUCCGAACGGGAAGUUUUUGGUCACCGGAUCCACAGAUGGAGGAAUUUUCGUUUGGACAGUUCCGGAGCAAUAUCACAUCAAAGUGUCCCCGCCGAAAGCUACAUUCGAAACCAACAAUCGGAAGGGAACCGCUGAUAGUAUGACCAAGACUAAGCAGUCAUUCACUCCACCAGUAGUAGGCAAAAAAUCCAAUGAAAAUGUUCGUGAAAUCGAAUCUGCGCGUUCCACCCAUUCCAGUCAGAUUGCACGAUGCCCUAAAGUGGAUAUGUCCGUUCAGCCAACUGUUGAUCCAAGCGUGGAUGCUGCUACCCUAGCCGAUGACCCUCAGCAGCAGGAUUUGCUAGAAACGCGGUCUGUUCACUCACAAAAAUCUCAUAUACUUGAAUAACUAACUUUUAACUACUGUGACAACGAAAAUUUAUUUUGCUACAAGGUUUUUAAUUGUGAAGAGAGGUUACAAGUCAUGCAUUAUAAUAAACAAAU